UGUGUGUGUGUGUGUGUGUGUGUCCGCUCCGUCCCGCUCCGGUGUCGGACUCUUUUCCUCCGGACUCCGCUCAAGGACCAUGUACCCCUCCAGCAGCAGGACUCUCUCUGUUCCUCUUGGGGGUUACUACCUGACAUGAAGGACUGAAGUUUGAGGACGUAUCUCCCCCUACUGGACUCCUGCUGCAGCUGCAGGCCAUGGCUGAGCCCAGCUACUCCGACCUGAUCGCCAAACACUACAACUACACCGGCAAGUUCCGCAAGACGGAGCAGGACUCAGGUCUGAAGGCCGACUCGGUGGUUUUCAUCAUUGUGUGCUGCUUCAUCAUCCUGGAGAACAUCCUGGUCCUGACCACCAUCUGGAGGACCAAGAAGUUCCACAAGCCCAUGUACUACUUCAUCGGGAACCUGGCGCUGUCCGACCUGCUGGCCGGCGUCGUCUACACCGCCAACAUCCUGCUGUCGGGCGCCAACACCUACAAGCUGACGCCCACGCAGUGGUUCUUCAGGGAGGGCAGCAUGUUCGUGGCGCUGGCAGCGUCCGUCUUCAGCCUGCUGGCCAUCGCCAUUGAGCGCCACCUCACCAUGCUGAAGAUGAAACUGCACAACAACGGUAACACCUGCCGCGUCUUUCUGCUCAUCAGCACCGUAUGGAUGAUCGCAGCGGUGCUGGGCGGCCUGCCGGUGAUGGGCUGGAACUGCAUCCAGAGCAUGAUGCAGUGUUCCACUGUGUUGCCACUCUACCACAAGACCUACAUCCUGUUCUGCACCACCGUCUUCAGCAUCAUCCUCAUGGCCAUCGUGGUGCUCUACGCUCGGAUCUACGCUCUGGUGCGCACUCGCAGCCGCAAACUUGUUUUCCGCAAGGUGUCCAACGGACGUGGUAAUGCCGGCGCCAACAGCAAGAGCUCAGAGAAGUCUCUGGCGCUGCUGAAGACCGUCAUCAUCGUCCUGAGCUGCUUCAUUGCUUGCUGGGCGCCGCUCUUCAUCCUCCUGUUGCUGGACGUGGCCUGCGAGACACUGAGCUGCCCCAUCCUCUACAAGGCCGAGUGGUUCCUGGCACUCGCCGUCCUCAACUCUGCCAUGAACCCUCUCAUCUACACACUGACCAGCAAUGAGAUGCGCCGUGCAUUCCUCAAGACACUGCUCUGCUGCACCGCCUGCCUCCGGCCCAACGCAAAGUUCACCGGGCCCAUUGUGGGCGCUGAGUUCAGCCGCAGCAAGUCAGAUAACUCCUCCCACCCCAACAAAGAGGAGGUGGAGUACUCGCCAAGGGAGACAACGGUGGCGUCCUCGGGGAACGUCACCUCGUCGUCCUAAAUGUUGCUCAACUGUUAACCAGUCGGAGGGAGAAGGAUGUACGGGGUGAGAUGGAGAGUUUGUUCUCAAACAGGUGUGAACAGCGCCAGGUGGCGUAACCUGAACCGACCU